AUGGGUUUCUUUAUUCAAGAUCUUCAUCGAGAAAUUGAGCGAUUACAUGAAGAACAAACUCGAGAAAAAAUGCUCGUUUAUCGUGGUCAAGCUCUGAUAAAAAAUGACUUCGAAAAGUUGCAAAAGAACCAAUGUGGUCUUUUAUCAUUUAAUAACUUUCUAUCGACUAGUAUUGACAAAGAUGUAUCACUUCUAUUUGCAGAAAGCUCGAGUUUACAAGAGAAUUCCUUUGGAAUUCUCUUUCAAAUCGAAAUCAAUCCUUCGAUGUCAUCCUCUCCAUUUGCUUGUUUGGAAGAACUAAGUCAGUUUAUAACAGAAAAGGAAAUUUUAUUUUCUAUGCAUACGAUCUUUCGUGUUGGCAAUAUCACGAGUAUCAAGCAACGAGUAUGGCAAGUGAAUUUAACAUUGACGGAUGAUAACGAUGAACAACUCAAGCAAGUUACCGAAUGUAUUCGUCAGCAAAUUCAAAACUGCUCGGCAAACAAAUCACUCGGCCAUCUACUUGUUCGCAUGGGUGAAUAUGACACUGCCAAAAAAAUCUAUGAAAAAGUCUUAACAGCAACAUCUGAUAAUGAUGUUUCGUCACGUCUCUAUCUCUACAACCUGUUAGGAGGAAUUGAGUAUGCCAAAAGUGCUUAUUCUACUGCACUUUCAUAUUAUCAACAGAUACUUGACAUGUGUCCGUUGCCAAUUGAUUGCAGGGAUUUUGAUCUGACUGACGUUUACAACAACAUGGCCUCAGUCCACCACUCAAUGGGAAACUGUUCGACAGCAUCUGAAUUUUAUGAAAUAAUCGCCGAAAUUCGAGAAGGAUCUCUUACAUGCAGUUCGCUUGAUCUUGGUUCUAUGUAUAAUAAUAUUGCUGUGAUCAAUACUUCAGCGGGAUGCCAUUCUAUUGCAUUGAAAUACUUUCAAAAGUCUCUCAAUAUUCUUGAACUAUCACUUCCGCCAACCCAUCCUGAUUUGGCUUUUAUCUAUAAUAACAUCGGUAUGAUCAAUAACAUAACAGGAGAGCGUGAAGUUGCAUUGUUAUACUUUGAAAAAGCGUUGAAAGUUCAGAAAAAAUCACUUCCACCAACUCAUUUAUUCAUGGCUGGUACAUUGAAUAAUCUUGCAACCACAAACCAUUGGAUCGGACAAUAUCAAACGGCAAUCGAAUACUAUCAAAGAGCACUUGAAAUUUUCGAAACAGCUUCUUCAUCUAAGUAUUCAGACCUGGCUAUCAUUCAUAAUAAUAUUGCCCAAUUAUAUAAAACGUGGGGCAACUAUGACAAGGCACUUCAGUAUUAUUUAAAGGCAAUCGAGAUUCAAAAAAAAAUAUCUUCAUUAGAUGAUCCUAAACUAGCUGUAUUUUAUAUCAAUGCGGCUAUGCUUUAUAAGUUGAUGGGAGAUUUUUCUACUGCAAUAGAAUAUCUUGAAAGAGCGCAAGAAAUUCAAAAAACAUCUCUUCCAGCUACCCAUCCCGACUUUGCUCGAACUUACAACAGUUUUGGUAUAAUUUGCCAAGCUAAAGAAGAAUUCUUCAACGCAUUACAUUAUUAUACGAAAGCCCUUCAUAUUCUAGAAACAGUUUUUAUCUCGACACAUCCAGAUCUGGCUUGCAUUUACAAUAAUAUGGCAGGCGUUGAACUAUAUUUAGGGCAGGAAUAUGAAUAUAUUGCAUUAGAACACAUUUACAAGGUACUUCGUAUUCAAGAAGCACAUCUUCCAUCUACUCAUCCCGAAAUUGGUCGAACCUAUUUCAAUAUGGGAACUAUUCAUAUGAAAAUGAAAAACUAUUCAGAGACAAAAAAUUGUUUUACAAAGACUUUCAACAUUUACAAAGCAACUCUUCCGCCACAACAUCCUGACUUCGGUAAAUUCUACGUGAAUCUUGCUAUGCUAAACUGUAUGAUGAAGAAAUUUCCCACCGCAUUAAAACAUCUCGAAAAAGCACGUGAAAUUCUUGAAGCAGUUCUCCCAUCAAAUCAUCCUGAGCUAGUAAUAGUUCAUAAAAAUAUCUCUAAAAUUCACCAAAUGAUGUCAUUGUACGCACAGGCACCAUUGAGCUGUCAAUUUACAUGA